GUUUUGAUGAUUGGGUAUUACAGUUCAGGUCUUGACAUCAAUCCGCGUUUCGUUCCGUGUUGAUUUCUUAUACCUGUUCUUGUUUCUUAUUUCUCGUGGUAGUCACAUUCAGAUCUAAAGUUGGGCUUCUUGGAGGUAAUUCAUGUUGGUGGAAUCUUAGUACUCAGAGCUGUCAAAUGAUGUGUGCAAUGUUAAAUUCUUCCGACAUUUGAUACUUACUGUUAAAUUAAAUUUGUUUUAUUUGGUGUUUGGCUUUGUUGGUGUGUCAGAUCUUAGCUUGGUGUUAGUUAAUGAGUUCUUUAAUGGUGAAUGCAGAUCAAGAUUGAAACUUGGAGUUGAUUUUUAUAUUUCUGGAGUUGUUAUUGACUUGGGAUUUCUGGGUUUUAGUUGUUGUUGGUGACAUUGGAACUGAAACUUGAAGUUUUGAGGGAUAAUGGGAUGGGAAACUGGCCUUUGUUCAUGAUGUUGGAAUGUUUCAGAUGCUGAAAUGUUGGAAAUUAGUGAGUUUGGGAUAAAGGGUUUGGAAUUCUGGAGGAAUUGAAAGGACUGAAGGAAAGUUGUGAUUGGCAUUGAAAUGGGGUCGAGGGAAGAGAGGUAUCAGAAUCAUCAUGGUCUUGUACCUUUAGCUGCACUGAUCGGCAGGGAAAUGAGAAGUGAGAAGAUGGAGAAGCCGACGGUAAGGUAUGGGUGUGCAGCUCAGUCUAGGAAAGGGGAAGAUUAUUUUCUUACGAAGACGGAUUGCCAGAGAGUACUCGGGAAUCCUUCGUCAUCGUUCUCAGUAUUCGCGGUCUUUGAUGGGCACAAUGGGAAUGCUGCAGCAAUUUUUUCAAGGGAUCAUUUGUUGAAUUAUGUGUUAAGUGCUAUUCCUCGUGGACUUGGGCGGGAUGAGUGGCUUCAAGCUUUACCUCGGGCAUUAGUUGCUGGAUUCGUGAAGGCUGACAAGGAGUUUCAGAGUAAAGGACAAACUUCUGGAACCACAGUUACAUUUGUAAUAGUAGAUGGAUGGACUGUAACAGUUGCAUCAGUUGGAGAUUCCCGUUGCAUUUUAGACGCUCAGGGAGGUGCGGUCUGUGAAUUGACUGUAGAUCACCGACUUGAAGAAAAUGUGGAAGAACGAGAACGUGUAACAGCCAGUGGAGGAGAAGUUGGGAGGCUUAGCAUUGUUGGUGGUGCUCAGGUUGGUCCCCUCCGUUGUUGGCCAGGAGGGUUAUGCCUUUCAAGGUCAAUUGGAGACAUGGAUGUUGGAGAAUUUAUUGUUCCGAUACCCUAUGUUAAACAAGUGAAGCUAUCAAAUGCUGGUGGAAGGCUUAUAAUUGCUUCUGAUGGCAUCUGGGAUGCAUUAUCGUCGGAGAUGGCUGCUAAAUCUUGUCGUGGGUUGCCCGCUGAACUUGCUGCUAGGCAAGUAGUAAAGGAAGCAUUGAGGGCACGGGGGCUGAAGGAUGACACCACCUGUGUAGUUGUUGACAUUAUACCUCCUGAUAAUUCAGUACAGCCUUCACCUCCUCCCAAAAAGAAAAACAAGUUUAAAGCUCUAUUUUUCAGAAAGCACUCCCGCGAUUCUGCUCUUAAACUCUCAAAGAAGCUAUCUGCUGUAGGUAUUGUAGAAGAACUUUUUGAAGAAGGCUCAGCAAUGCUUGCUGAAAGAUUGGGAAAUGAUAACUCAAAUGGUCAAUCGACAUCUGGUCUUUUCAUGUGUGCCAUUUGCCAAGUAGACCUUGCUCAAAGUGAGGGCUUAUCUGUUCAUGCCGGUUCCAUCUUCUCCACAAGCUCAAAGCCCUGGCAAGGUCCUUUCCUUUGUUCUGAUUGCCGAAAUAAGAAGGAUGCCAUGGAAGGAAAACGGCCAAGUGGAGUUAAAGUGGCAUAACUUCUGUUAUUAUUUUCCCUCAUUCUUUCCCAUGAUUCUUUCUCAGUAAUCUGCACUUUUAUUUGGUAGGUGAUUUUUUGAAUCUUAAUUGAUGAUCCACCAAAUGGCGGAAAUACUUGCAAAUAUUGUGAAAUCAGUUGUAGAUAUGAUGAAGAGUAGGAUUCAUGAGUGCCAAUGUUGAGAUUGUUGAGAUGUCAUUGGAGAUCUGAACCUUUUUUUUUUAGUGUUUGAAGUAGAAAUAAUUGAACGUAUCUGUCGAGAAUACCUUCCUUACAAAGGAUAAGCAGGGUUGUAUAUCUCUUGACUGUAAUUUCUGUGUAACAAAAAUGAUACUGACCCCUGUUAAGUGCUACUGCAAUGUAACUAAAAUGCAGAUUGGAUCAUUGAAGUUAAUGUUGAAGAUAUUGUACGGUCUACAUAGCCUCUUCUGCCAUGUAUCUGCACAUGCAGGUCCAAACUCCUGGGCACGAAACUCCCGUUGAGGAAUUUGGGGAGCCUCAGUUAUGCGCAGCCUUGACCCAGAUGUAAAACAACUAUUUUUGUAGAUGCAGGAGGGUAAGUGUAUUGUGCAGAUAUUGCAAGUCUUUUUCCACUAAGACAAAAUGAUCAAAUAUCAGAAGGUGAGAAGUCUGGUUCAGUAGUGAGGGACCUGAUUUCUUUUGAAGUCCAAGUUAGUAGUUUUGAAGCCAUUUGCAGCUAUUUGAGGACAGUACAUGUUUUGGAGCCAUUUGAGGAUCAAUUUGAAGCUAUUCAUAUUCGGAUAAAUGUUAUUUUAGAGUAAAAUUUAGAAUUUAUUUUGGUCAGGAAUCUAUUAGAGCCGAGGCGAAUUAUAUGUUGUUUGGAUUCGAC